AUGUAUGUGUCGUUUAUACUUUCAACGAUCCUUUUUUUCUACAUCAGUGGUGGUUUAGCCGUCAAUUGCCCAAAAUCAUCAGCUAAUUGGUGUGAUAAUAAAGAUAUUGCACAAGCUUGUGGUGUAAUUGAUCAAUGUAAUAAGUAUGUUUGGAAUAUUCAUGCUGCAGAUGAUCGUGUUAAUUUAACUGUUUACUAUGAAACUCUUUGUCCAGAUUGUCGAGAUUUUAUUAAAACACAAGUUUGGAAUGCUUAUCAAUCAAUUCUUAGUAUUGUUAAUAUAAGUUUUGUUCCAUAUGGAAAUGCACGUGAAGUAUAUCGACCUGAAACUCAAUUAUACCAAUUCUAUUGUCAACAUGGUUCUGAUGAAUGUUAUGGAAAUUUAAUUCAUACUUGUGUUAUACAUCUAUACCCAAAUACAACAGCACAUUUACCAUUUAUUUAUUGUACUGAAUCAACUGAUGGUGAUAUUGAAACAGUAGCUACACAAUGUGCAGAAAAAACAUCAAUUGAUUUUAAUAAAGUUAAUUCAUGUGUACAAAGUCGAUUAGGUAAUCAAUUACAACAUUUAUAUGCUAACCAAACAGAUAGUCUUCAACCACCUCAUCAAUAUGUACCUUGGAUAACAAUCAAUGGUGAACAUACAGAAGAAAUGGAACAAGCAGCUGAAAAAGAUCUUAUCGGAGUUAUAUGCAAAUCUUAUAAAGGUUCAAAUCCACCAGCUCAAUGCACGAAAAAUUUAUAA